CGCUGGGUGCAGAACUCACGCCGCGAUGUGCGCGGUGUUCCGCCACCCCAAGACCGUCAGGCUGCGGGCUCUGCACAGCGCACAGAAGUUCGGUGUGGCCGGGCGAAGUUGCCAGGAACUGCUGCGGAAGGGUUGCCUCCGCUUCCAGCUCCCGGUGUCCGGCUCCCGGCUGUGCCUGUAUGAGGACGGCACGGAGGUGACCGAAGACUACUUCCCCGGCAUCCCCAACGACGCCGAGCUCCUGCUGCUCACCGCGGACCAGAGCUGGCAGGGCUAUGUGAGUGACAUCGGUCGCUUCCUCAGUGUGUUUGAUGAGCCACACGCGGAGGUCAUCCAGGCAGCAAGGCAGCUACUGUCAGAUGAACAGGCCCCGCUGCGGCAGAAGCUGCUGGCCGACCUGCUGCACAAUGCCAGCCAGAACAUCGCUGCCGAGACCCGUGCACAGGACCCGUCCUGGUUUGAAGGCUUGGAGUCCCGAUUCAGGAAUAAGUCUGGCUACCUGAGAUACAGCUGUGAGAGCCGAAUCCGGGGGUACCUGAGAGAGGUGAGCGCUUGUGCCUCGAUGGUAGGUGCAGAGGCACAAGAGGAAUACGCACGGGUCCUGAGCUCCAUGAGUCAGAAGCUCAAGUCCAUGCAGUACAACGGCAGCUACUUUGAUCGAGGAGCCAAGGCCAGCGGCCGCCUCUGUACACCAGAAGGCUGGUUCUCUUGCCAGGGCCCCUUCGACCUGGACAGCUGCAUGUCUAAGCAUUCCAUCAACCCCUACGGCAGCAGGGAGAGCCGCGUCCUCUUCAGCACGUGGAACUUGGAUCACGUAAUAGAGAAGAAACGCACCAUCGUGCCUGCCCUGGCCGAAGCAAUCCAGGAGCAGGAUGGAAGGGAGGUGGACUGGGAGUACUUCUACAGCCUGCUCUUCACCUCAGAGAACCUAAAAUUGGUGCACAUCGCCUGCCACAAGAAAACAACACACAAGCUCCAGUGUGACCGCAGCAGGAUCUACAGAGCCAGGUCGGGGCCCCAGAGGCGGUGGCCUGCUCGGAGACGCAGGAGGGGUGACACAGAGGUCCAGGCUCCAGGGAGCUGUGCACAGAGCCAUCUUGGGCAAGAGCUGCCAGGCUGUCCUGCUAGAACUUCACUUUUCGCUUCCAUGUCCUCAGCUGGGCAGGAUGCGUGUCACUAGUCAGAAGGUGAGUCACCCAAACCCCUAGAUUGGAUGUGUCUAGGCUGGAUAACAUAAGGGAGCAAGCCCCAGCAAACCACGUGUGCUGCACGUUCACUGUGCUGUUAACAGCCUGCCUGAGCCUGAGUCCUGUGAGCCAGUGCUCGAGCACACACACACAUACACACUGCAUGAAGUGGUUUCUUACAGAGGAGUAAGGGGCCACAGCAGCCCAGGAUCCCUUCAUGCUGGUCCCCAUGGCUUGAGAAAGCUGCCUGGAGGCAGUUGGAGUCUCAACUGCACAUGUCCCCUUGCAUCAAAGCUGAGGGACCCCGAGAGGCUCUCUACAGGGGUAUAGAACUCACUGGGCCAGGCUUUGAAGGCCAUCCAGCUUUCAGAGAAUUGACAGCACCUAAACUCUUCUGGUCAGUUCCUCCUUCCAAAGGAUGCUGAAUUUCUAGUACAUUCUGUGGCUGUUCUUGACUGCAAGCAAGGGAGGAGCAUAGGUGUGUGUGUGUGUGUGUAGCCCCCUAUACACGAGCUGUCUUGAGUUGAGUUACAGAAUGGUCAUUCUUAUGAGGAAGGAGCAGAGAGUGUGAACCUAAGAUGGGGUGAGGGACACUGCUGUGGCCGGUCCCAGUGUCAGUGAUGUGCUCAGAGGGAUGAGCCAGUGGGGGGCCCUGUGCCAGGCUCUGUGAGUGAGCCCAACCUCUGGAUCCUGGCCUUCCUGCAGCUGCCCCUUGAAAGGGUGGCAGAGGCCAGAGGAGGGCUCUUGGAGGAGCUGACACUGGAGGCAGCCACACAAGGUAGGGACCAGAUGUGUUACAUUUUGGUAAAAUGUCAUGUGGCUGUCAGGCAGUGAACAAAGGGUUAAGAAGCCAGACCAUGCUGCAGUAAAGGGUGGGUUUUAAUUCCUCAGAUGAGGGGGAGCCAUUGAAGGAUCUAGGGAGGGGCCUGACUUAACACUGAUAGUCUGAAAGGGCCUGUCUUCAGGACGUCUGGUUCAUGGGAAGCCCAAGCCCUCAGGUUCCUUGCCCUGUUGGUUUCGUCCCCAAGGCCCAGGGUCCACACUGUAAGGUUGGAAUGUGAACAGCAAGGCCCUCACCGGCAUCCCAGACUCAGAGACAGGAAGUAUGGUUUAGUUUGUGUCAGUUUUGCAGGACUCCAGCCUAGGAAAGAGCAGUAUUUACAGUAUGGAGCUACUGAUGCUUUAGGCUGUGCAGGUGCUGCAGACACUAGAAACUGUGAGGACACAGUGGCCACCCAUGUCCCUUUGCACUGGCCUGCCUCACCCUACCUGUGCUGUUUAUGCUGGACACCUGUGUUUUUAGAGGAGUUCUUCACCCUCAUUGGAUAGAAAGCAGAGGCUUAGGUCUGCUAUCUCAACACAAGAUUUCUUUGUAAUUUCCAUACAAAAUGACACCUUCACUUCCUAAGGCUGACUGCCUUAGGAGAGCCCAGCUCCAUGUUGUCACAUGGCCAGUUAGGAAAGGAAAAGUGGUGCCCACUAGGAUUUCCCCAGGGCUGCCGUUGCAGGUCCAGGAUGCCCGGGUAGUGCUUCCACCCAGCAGUGCCCACAGGCUGGACUGCAGUGGAACUGGUGGCCCCAAAAGGACCCAGUUCAACCUCCCCUUUUGCUGGACUGCAAGAGCACAUCUCUUCUGCACACAUUGUAUUUAGGACAGUGCUGCUCACUCAAGUCUGUUUAUAAGGACAAGUUCUCCAAUCUGAGAUGCCACCUCUCACGGGUGCUGUUAUUAAUCCUCAUCCACUCAGCACACUAAGGUUGUAAACAGUUUUCCCUGGCUAUCAGAAAAGGGCUUUCACAAGCAACAACUUCAAAUUAUAGUUCGUUAAUCAACGAGUCACAGAUCUAUUCAGAGUAGGUGAAGGUCACACUAAUG